ACUCGGAUAACGUAGCCAGCUCCUCUACCAAGUUCACCACGCCAGUUCACCGCGCGAGUUCAUCACUCCGCGUUCGUAAUCAAAUUAGUCUACAGCCGGGAGCCGUACUCGCACUUACAAGGCCGACACCGUGAUCGCCAUUUCCUCGGCUGGUCCAAUGAGGAGCGAGUCCGAGUGCUACGCCGUACCUCCGACGGCUCUUUACUCUCCGAACCCGAAGUUCAUCGGCCUGAUGAACCAGUCUGAGCUGGUGGCGCCAGGGUACCCAUACCAGAACUCAUUGGCGGUGGUAGGCCUCUCGCUCGAGCUGGGAACACUUCUCUACGUGCUGCGUAAGGACGCCCAGGCCGAGCAGGACAUCCCGUACUCCCCAUGCAUCGACGCAAGCAUGACCAGCUUCGACGGGAUAUGCGCGCAGAGUAAAUACGUGCCGAUCAGCCGUGAUGGCAACCUCGUUGCUGUCGCCGGAUAUGCGUUGACGCAAUCCAAGAACAACGUCUUCUUGGCGGAGAUGCCCUCGACUUUCGCCGACAAGAACGGUCCCGCGAACGGCUGGCGAGCUCGCGAAACGUCCACGCAGCUGGCCGACCCCAAGCCAAAGAGGACCCCACCUUCUACGCCCGAGUAA